AUGAAUAUAGUUUCUUUCAAUGUUAGAGGAUGUUGUAGUUCUUUGAAGAGGAGGAGAAUUUCUCAAAUUCUGCAGAGAGGUAGUGCUAACAUCUGCCGUAUUCAGGAAACCAAGAUAAUUAAGAUGGAGGCUGGUAUUGCUUAUAGCCUGUGGAGGAAUAAUGAUAUGGACUGGACAACUCAGAACUCGUCUGGUAGAUCUGGUGGUAUCAUUACCAUGUGGAAUACUACUAAAAUCACAGCUUGCUCAAGUUUUUGUGGUAAAGGUUUCUUAGGAUUGCACAUUGUUUGGAAUAAUCAAAGUUUGAUUGUGAUCAAUGUUUAUGCCCCAUGUGGAUAA